AUGAAGCUCUUCGCUUUCGGGUCCAAUGGCUCUGGCCAACUAGCCCUCGGCCACACAGAAGAUGUCUCUACCCCAACACAAUGCCUCUUCGACGAAACUCCAGCAACCGACGAUGCAAUCAUUCACAUCGCCGCUGGUGGGAAUCAUACCCUCUUAUUAACAAAGAGCGGCUGUGUGUAUGCAGCCGGCUGCAACACCGAUGGCCGAUGUGGUCCUCGCACAUCUGAUUCCGGAGAGAAUCUGCUACGCUUUCGACGGGUUGUUCUGACUGAUGCUGCAACGGGCUCGCGCAUUGAUACUUUCAAGUGCGUGUCUGCAACGUGGGAGGGGAGUAUCCUGGCUGCAAGCGUGCGGAAACUGGUUGAUUCGGAUGUACACGAGGAGAGAGUGUUCGUUCUGGGGUCAAAUCCAAAGGGUGAAUUGGGUCUCCAGCUUCAAUCAACAUCCACUCCUGGUGACAAUGCGGUCCAGCCUGGGUCGUAUAUUUCGGAUUUUCCACCGCAAAAUACGAGUGUCAUUGCACUAGCUAGUGGUAUGGGUCAUACGAUCGCUGUUUUAUCGAAUGGCGAUGUCUACGGCUGGGGCGGUUCGCGGAAGGGUCAAUUAGGCGAGACUCUAAAAGCGCAGAAGAUCGUCUGGGCUCCGGCCAAGGUCACAGGAAUUCCCUUUGCGGCACAGAGUGCGGUGUGUGGACGUGAAUUUAGUGUUGUGUGCGGAGAUCGGAGACGAGGCGAGUUUGUUGUUCUUGGAGAUAAGGCCAAUCGAUGGGGUAUUUUGAACGUUCCAGCAUCUCUACGGAGUACGGGCUUAGAUGGAAAAAUUUCGGGGUUCUCGGACGUUGGAGCAAGCUGGCAUGGUGUUUAUAUCCAUGCUACCUCUCAGAGCUCUGCUGAACUCGAAUCUGCUCAUAUUAUUGCAUGGGGUCGCAACGAUCGUGGUCAACUCCCGCCUGACAGUUUGCCAUAUCCCGCUGAAAUGGCCGUUGGAAGCGAACAUGUGCUGGUGCUGAUGCGUGAUGGCACGGUGGCCUCAUUUGGAUGGGGCGAGCAUGGAAAUUGUGGACCUGAUACCGAUGAGUGCGGGAAUGUUGCAGGGCGGUAUGGCUUGAUCCCACUGGAGGCUGUUCUGACUAGUGGUGGGCGAGUCAUUAGCCUCGGUGCGGGGUGUGCGACAAGCUGGCUUGUUGCAGAGUGA